AAGAGAUGGGUGCGCAUGUGAUGAUGCUCUCGUCGUUGGGGCACGGUCAUCUCAUUCCCUUCAUGCAGCUCGCUAAGAAACUGGCCGCCAGGGGAUUAACCAUCAGUUUUGUCACCACCUUUCAUCACAUCCCUUCACUGCGCAGCAAAGUGGAGGCCGGGCUCGAUAUCCACCUGCUCGAAAUGGAGAUUCCCCACGACCACUUAACGCUGGGCAAAGUGAACAGCAACAGUCUACAGUGGCACAAACUGCCGCCCUUGCUCGACGCCGACGAGAGGCUUGAGCCCCACUUCGACCGCUUUCUUGGCCGCUUUUUAGCCGGAGAAAUAAGCCCACUCCCCGCUCCUCUCUGCCUCAUUGCAGAUUUUCUCCUGGGCUGGGCCUCCGCUGUAGCUCAAAAGUAUGGCGUACCCGGGGUGUGCUUCGAGACGUCGGGCAUGUUCGCGGAGUCGGUGCAUCAGAUCGUGUGGGAGACUCUGCACGAAACCUACCGCGGACAGCGUCGGGACGGUACUUGGUACCGGGCUUGCCGAGGGAAGUGACUCACCCGCCUUCAGCUCUUGCCCGAGCUGCCAGAGGCUACGCCCGAGAACGGCACCCACCAAUACUGGCCUCGGGUGAGGCUCAGGAAUAGGCAGAGCUGGAGGACCAUCGUCAACACCUUUAACGAGCUCGAAGGAGAGUUUGUGGACCAUUUUGAGAGCGUCAACGGGACUCUCAGAACAAUCGGGCCUUUGCUUCCGCCCGAGGCGUUCGAGGACAGGGACGGUCAACGCAGAAAAAUCACCCCCGCGGUGGAACUGGGGAUCAGUAGGGACGGAGACAAAUGUAUGCAGUGGCUUGACGCGCAGGCGGAGGAAUGUGUGCUUUAUAUUUCCUUCGGCAGCGAGAAUUCCAUCUCAACGGCGCAGAUGGAGGAGCUCGCGCUUGGGUUGGAGGCGAGCGGGGUGAAGUUCGUGUGGGUUCUGCGCACGCCCUCUGACGCAGCUCAGAAUUCAUUCUCCUCCUCGUUAGACUUUCUCCCAACGGGGUUGCACGGUCGCAUGGCGGCCAACGACCAGGGGUUCUUUGUCCUCGGGUGGGCUCCGCAGUUGGGUAUUCUGGCACACCCUGCCACCGGCGGCUUUAUUUCUCACUGCGGUUGGAAUGCGGUUCUGGAAUCCACCGCCAUGGGAGUUCCCCUCAUUGCCUGGCCGCUUUACGCAGAACAGCAUUUCAACUCCAAGUUGGUGGUCGAUGAGAUCGGGGUAGCUCUGGAAGCUCCUCAGAGAAUUGAGCAGGAUUGGUUGGUGACCAGAGAUGACGUGGAGAGAAUAGUACGAUUGCUGAUGAUCGAUGAGAAGGGUAAAGAGCUGAGGAAAAGGAUGAAAGAAUUGAAGUCUGCUGCCAAAACAGCGGUGGGUGUAGGUGGAUCUUCUUAUAAAAAUUUCGAUCUAUUUGUUUCAGAAAUCAUGGCACUGCCACAGGCUUAAGACAAAGCAAACAGAUUCGGGAUUGCAAAUAAUUUUGUGAAGUGCAGCAGCUGCUCUUUACAAAGGAUGGAGCAACAUGAGCGGUCGAAUUCUAUGCUUAUCAAAGAAAAUCUCAUCUUCGAUUAUGAGAGGCGAAAAGUUAGGGUCUAUAAUAAUUAGAGGGUCCUCUCAUCGAAAUAAUUGUUGCCUUUUUAAGUUCUUUAUUUAUUUGGUCAACUUUUUUGUUAGUUGGCUCUGGUUUUAUUGUAAG